AGUGGCCCCGGCCUCGCCGAGGUGACCCUGGGCUACCAGCUGCUCACCUCCCUGCUCCUGGGCACGCUCAUCCUGUGCGCCGUGAGCGGCAAUGCCUGCGUGAUCGCGGCCAUCGCCCUGGACCGCUCCCUGCAAACCGUGGCCAACUAUCUCAUCGGCUCGCUGGCCGUCACCGACCUCAUGGUGUCCGUGCUGGUGCUGCCCAUGGCAGCCCUCUACCAAGUGCUGAACAAGUGGACUCUGGGGCAGGUCAUCUGCGAUAUCUUCAUCUCGCUGGACGUGCUGUGCUGCACCUCUUCCAUCCUGCACCUGUGCGCCAUCGCCUUGGACAGGUACUGGGCCAUCACGGACCCCAUCGACUAUGUCAACAAGCGGACUCCCCGCCGGGCAGCCGUGCUCAUCAGCCUGACCUGGCUCAUCGGCUUCUUGAUAUCCAUCCCGCCCAUGCUGGGCUGGAGAACGCCCGAGGACCGCUCAAACCCCGACGCCUGCACCAUCAGCAAGGACCACGGGUACACCAUCUACUCCACCUUCGGCGCCUUCUACAUCCCGCUGCUCCUCAUGCUGGUGCUCUACGGCCGCAUCUUCAAGGCGGCCCGCUUCAGGAUCCGCAAGACAGUCAAGAAAGUGGAGAAGAAGAAAAUCGCGGACACAUGCCUCACCCUCUCCCCGGCCGCCCUGCAGAAGAAAAGCACCGGGGAGCCCGGCAAGAGCUGGCGACGGACUGUGGAGCCCCGGAGCGGUGCCUGUGUCAACGGCACGGUGCGACAGGGCGAGGGCGGGGCGGCCCUGGAGGUCAUAGAGAUCCAGGGCUGCAGCAGCUCCUCCAAGACUCACCUGCCGCUGCCCAGCGAAGCGU